CCAAGCAAACGUCGAGCAAGAUACGUCCUGCAGGCUUGUGAGGCCUGUAAACGACGCAAGGGUCGCUGUAACGGUAAACAACCUUGUCAACAUUGCUGGAAGCGAGCUGCCAAGUGUCGGUACCCUAGCCACCCUCAGUUAUUGUCUAGUAACGAUCAAGAUGAUACCAAUAACUCGAAAACUGGAUAUACGCCUACCAUAACUCUUAACUUAGAUUUGCAAAAACAGCUCGACAACAUUACCGCACAUAUAAACUACCAAGUUAGAAAUGAAACUUCUCGGACUACCCCAAGGCCUCUUUCACAGCAACAACAUCACGUUUCCAAGACCGAAUCAUCCUUCAUACCCCAACUGCAAGCCAUGUCACUCGCCGAAAAUGAUAGGAUAAAUCUGUCUGAUCUACAGUUCCAUGGGCCGUCGAGCUCCGAGUAUGGCUUGAAUAUAGCGCAGGUGAUGCUACGACGGAGUAAGCGGCCUGACAUAUCUAUAACGGGAGUCGACCACCAGAAUUGUUCUGGUAUCGAUGAAAUGACAACGGUUACGGAGGAGCUGAGCAACAAUGACUCGUGGGGAAGCGGCGAUGUCUUCCACCAACCAUUGGACACUCCAUGCACUGUGCCAGUUCACAGAUUGUUAAGCAAGGCAGACACAUUUCGACUUUUACAGGUAUAUCAAGAAGUUAUUGGAAAUUUCUAUCCGAUACUAGACCUGCAAUCUCUUGGCGAAGAAGCUGGGAGGCUACAUGAUUAUGGAGGAAUUGAUCUAGGAUUAAGGCGAGGCAAUUCUUCGCACGUCGAUAAUGACAGCAUGCUAUUAUUGAAUCUGGUUUGUUCAAUUGCUCUUACGGCUGAAACUACUGGAAUAUCUAAGAUAGCCCAAGUAUUCUACGAAAGUGCACAGAGCGCGAUUCAGACAAACAUAACGGCCCGGAAACUUCAGAUACGAGAUGUUGUACUGGUACUAUUAGCGAGCAUCUACCACUACUUUAGUGAUGAUAUUCGGUUGGCAUGGCGACUGUGCGGUAUCGCUGGUCGGAUGGUCAUAGAACUUGGCAUUCACCGUUGGGAAAUCUUCCACCAGCUUUUCAACGUCCCAUCUCAACGUGAUAAAGUUGCCAGCACUAUAUGGACUAUUGUGGUGCUCGACCGACAAUGGAGCUGUGCCCUUGGGAUUCCACAAAACUUCCAAGAGUCAGACUUUGAUAAGCGCCUGCCAGUCCCUGAAUGUGCGAUCCAUUUGAAAGCAAUGCUCUCGUACGGGCUGUUAAGUCCAAUGCAUUGGGAUCGUGUUCAGCGUAAGAUAGCCGGCGCUAUAUGCAGUGAUGAGGAUUCCUUUCGAUUCCUCACGUCAGAGGUAGAGCAAUGGCGAGACAGCUCGUUAAACGGCAUGAAAUUUAUUCAUCCUAGAAUCCAAGAUGAUCCGAAUAUCUCUUGGAAAACCCGCAGCGUCAUUCCCACAUUAUUCCACUUGCGCGCAAAUCAACUGCAGCACCUCUUAUUUCGACAGCUGUUCAUCUCGAAUCCCAACCUUGCCAUAAGCGCUUCAUUCGCGGAACCAUACCUCGAAACAGCCUACGAUACAAUAGAGAUUCUCUGCGAUAUUAACGAAUCUUCAGAUUUAUAUAGGAAACAGCUUCCCGUAUUCCGACACUUUCUAGCCUCCUCUAUCUCUGUAAUAUGCAUGAUCACCACGCAUAAAACCCAAAUCGAGACGAUAUCGUCAUCUGACGUGCGGCAACAGUUCCUAUCAAACAAGACAAGCGACAUAAUUACAAGAGCAGUGCAGCUUGCAACAGCUUAUGCAGAUUCGUCAGGCAUCUCACGACAGCUGUGGGAGCGGCUUGUGUCUAUCGUGGAAUCUCUAUGGCAACAUAAAAUUAUCCCGGAUGGACGACUUGAUCAGAUGACUUCGUCUUCUUCAAUCAUUGACUUCAAUGUGGUGGACACUGGUAUUCCAAGCUAUUAUAGCCAAAUAUCUAAUACAUCAUGA